AUGCGCCUUUCAAAGCGUUCCUCCAUUUGGUAUUCCCGCAUCAAGUCUCUCCACAUCGUCACCCUUCUGCAUUUUCCCUUUUGCCUCUGCAUCAAUUACUACGUUCCAAUUUUCCACUACUUUGGCUGCAGACAUGGAUACGUGAGCAACUACAAUAUGGGCAUUAGCUACUUUACAUAUUGCCGGACGUUAUGUCCGUCAUUCAUCGCGCGUAACAAUCCAACUAACGCCACCGAACAGAUUGUCGUAGAACUUUCAAGUUCAAUUUCAACGAAAUCUCUCGCUCCAUUUUACCGUCUGCGCCUCGAUGUGCUUCAUAAUUUUUUGCUCCCGCUUGGGGAAGUGGUGCGACUCCUGAUUACUCCAUCUGAGCCUCAGUAUUUUUUAUUUUCCCUUCCUGAUGAUGUCGAUUCCGUUGUCGUACGGGCUCGUUCUACAGAUACACUUUGCAUGACCGUUUCCGUGCAGCAUGCCAAGUGCCCUGUUGCAGAUACAUUAGGUAGUGUUAAGUAUUCCGGUGUUUACCAGACGGUGACUACCCGUGGAGCCAUACCGAUCAGUAAAAGACAGGAGAACGCUUCGGAUUUUUUGGUAGUCCUUGUUCUAAGACCUGAAGAUGUCGACUGUGACGGAAUCGCAACUGGUUAUCACUAUUAUCUUCCCAUCUACGGAGCAGUUGGAAUUUACGUCCUAUUCUAUAUCGCUGCCGCAGCGAUCAUUCUUCUGUAUCGAUCGUAUGAUAAACAGGUUAGCUAUUACCUAGGCUAUCCAUCGGGUUUCACCACUCAUACUGUUCCACGAAAUGCCCCAAACGCAACUCUUCCCCCGCCGCUGGCUAAUUUUGUUCAGUUCGCUUCCGAAGAUCCUAUAACUUGCGCCCGACAACCAGUUGAUGGCGGGAGUUCCCUCGUGCUCGCUUCCAGGGCGUCAACUUCGGCUUCGACCGUAGUCUCUUCCACUUAUCAACUGCCGCUACACCAGCCUCGCAGCUUUUUUAGCUCAUCCUCCUCUUUUGAAUUCAACAACAAUGAUGACUCAACAAAAAGACUCAGAAAAUCUCAUCAUCAAGUGCCCCUUUCGCCUCUACAGCGCUCAAAGCAUCAUCGGCGCACAGUGAGCUAUGGUAGCACAAGGGACACUGCCGCGAGGCGCACAGGAAGCCUGGUGGAACGAUGGGCCACUUGCUCGAUGCUUAACGUUAGUUUGGAAGCAGGUGUUGUAUUGCCGAUGGUGACGCAAGGCGAAGGCUCCGAGACAAACAACGAAAGUCGGAUCGAUAUUGACGCUCUCAACGGGCCCAAGUUAAAUAAGCAUGUAGGCUAG